CAAACAGCCAAUAGAAUCUUUUCUUCACUUCAGUUGUGGAAUAUACCAUAUAAGCAAAUUCAGAUACGUUCUCCUGGAUCAACUGCCAGUGAGCCUGGUUUCUGUCACGAAAGAAAAAACACCUUUCAGUAUUUCCAGUCCCAUAUAUUUUGCUACUAUAGUUUCAAGUCAUCUGUGAUUAUGGACAAAACUACAUGAACCCCAUUGAUCUUUAUCUUGUCACCUCCAAAGAUAACUAUAACUUGUUAUAGCAAAGAAUGAUAGAGAGAUAGCUCUGUACAGAUUUAAGGGGUUGUGAAUUUUCCAAUGGAAGUUCAAAGGGUAGUGGUGAUCCAGGAUGCGUCUAAAGAGGCUUGUUCAAGUGCCGUUAGGUGGGCACUUCAUGGCUUAUUUCUCAAGCCUGGAGAUUUGCUUGUCCUCCUUGGAGUCCUUCAUGAUAAAAACAAUCCUAGUCGGCUAUCUUUCAAAGGAACAAGGAAGCUCUUGGGAUACAGAACCAAAGUGGACUCCAGUUCAAAGUUUGGAUCAAACCACAGAAUUGUUGAUAGGGAAGCAGCAAGGAAGGAGGCGUAUGAAAACAAUGCUGAAAUAAUAGAUCUGUCAAAGCUUUACAAAGCAGAAAAGGUAGAAUUUAGGAUAGAAGUGGCUGCAGGAGCUUCACCAGCAGUUGUGGCCUUGAAAUCUGCAGAAGAUUUGAAGGCAACAUGGGUAAUUCUGGACAGGAAGAUGAAGAAAAACAAGAAAAUCUUUCUGGAAAAGCUAUCAUGUGGGAUAUCGAGGAUGAAGAGGAAUAAUAGGAUCGAGCUAUGGAGAGGACCAAAAGAGAAAUUCAACGAAUUUAGUGUAAUAUAUGAUGAUAUGAUGUCAGGGGCCCCGGAAGAAGAAGAUCUUUUCAGCAUUGAACUCUUUCCGACAUGUCAAGCAGAAGCAAAUCAAGUGAGUCAAAAUCAGAAACUUACGCAUACCAGCAGUUAUGCAGAUUCAAUCAUAGGGUUGCAAGCCGAGGAAACUUUUCAAAACCCAGCCUGCACCAUUUGUGACAAUAGAAAACAAAAUAUGGAAUUGAGAAAAGGUUUCACAUAUGUGGAACUCCAUGCUGCUACGGAUGGAUUCUCAUCAAAGAACAAUCUAUCUGAAGGUGGUGCUCAAUGUGCUUUCAGAGGUCAGCUAGAAAAUAAGCUGAGUAUUGUGAUUAAGCCAGCAAACAACAAUAUAUACUUUCAAGAACCCAUUAAAUUUAAGUCAGAAAUGGAUACACUCAGCAGAGUUAGACACAACAACUUGGUCAUGCUGCUGGGAUUCUGUGCAGAAGGAAGUCAUAGGCUGCUUGUCUACGAGUAUGUGUGCAAUGGUUCACUAAAUCAACAUUUAUCGCAAUACUACCCUAUGCCAUUGACAUGGACAGAGAGGCUAAGAGUAGCGCUGGGUGCAUCCAGAGGACUAAACCAUCUACAUGAAAACAACAUCAUUCACAGAGAUAUAAGACCAAGUAACAUUCUUCUAAACCAUGAUUCUGAACCACUGCUUGGAGAUUUGGGGCUAGCAACAAUGCAAUCGGAUAGGUACCUGAAGCAGGAGAAUAUUCAGACAUCUUAUUAUUUAGCUCCAGAAUAUCUUGAGAAUGGGACAGUGUCUACUCAGACAGAUGUAUACUCAUAUGGUGUGGUUCUACUUGAGCUGAUAACUGGGAAAAGGACCAUGGACAAGAAGCAGGGGCAAAAGGGUUUUUUGACAUGGGCAAGAGCACUUCUCAAGCAGAGGAGGUAUCUAGAGCUACUUGAUCCUAGAAUUGCUAAUUCCCAUGAUGUCUUCCAGCUUUACAGGAUGGCCCAACUGGCACAAAAAUGUAUAAGCAAAAACCCCAAGAAAAGAUUACCCAUGGAUAAGGUGGUUUCUACUCUUGAAUAUAUAAUAGAGAGCAAACCAAGCAGUUUAAAUGAAGACCAUAGUCUCCUGAAAUCAUAUUUGCCACACAAUUAUGUCAAGACUGUCGAACAUGAAAGUUGCAACGAAGGUAAUUUAGAUGUCAGUGUGACUAGACAGAUGAGAAGUAGAUCAUUCUCAGCAAAUGUUUGGAAGUUUUCUUCGAAUGAUGGUUGUUUUAAAUAUACGAGAGCAAAAUCAGGGAGGGCACGUCAAGCGCAAUAUGGAGAAAUGCUUACCUGAAUCAUUCGAACAACUCUACGGACACUCAUCUCCACGAGUUCAUCUUUCCAACUCAACUUAUUAUCUCUUUUCAUAUUUUUCUCUAAUUUUAAUCAAAACAUUUAUUUAUUUUCAUUUUACGGGUAAAUUAAAUGUAAGUCACAUGUUUCAUUGUAAUAAGUCAAACAAAGUACUACUUUCAUAUUGUAUAAAUAAAUCAUACUUUUUGCCAUUCUUGAAAGCAAAAGUAGCGAAAACAACCAAACCAACCUUCCUCUAAAAUAUACAAACACAAUUAAAAUUUCCCAACAUGCAAAAUCCAGGUAGAAUGCUUCCCUCAACAGCAGUUCUCAUCUGAAGCAUUUGACGAGGUCACUAUACAAUCAGUUCACUGCUGUGAAACCGAUGAGAAGACAUUUGUAAUUCUCAUUACAAAACUAAAAAGUCAUUGCAAAUGUUGAUACACCGUAAAAAUCUUAUAGCAUGCA